UUCUCUUUCAGCUCUUUUGUCUCUCAAACUGAAGGAACCUCUGACUGUAGAGUUCAUAUACGACUAAUACGACUACAGAUACUCCUAAUAAAUACUAAUAAACACUCCCACUAACACCAGUCCUACCAGUAAGACAGGAUGGAGCUCUGGUGGAGUUUUUCGGCUGAGACCUGGGCUCUGAUCGUCAUCCUCAUCAGCCUCAUCCUGCUGUAUGGGUACUGGCCGUACGGGUUCUUUAAGCGUUUGGGAGUUCCCGGUCCUAAACCCGUCCCGUUUUUUGGAACCAUGUUAGAGUAUCGUAAGGGAAUCCAUAACUUUGAUAUGGAGUGUUUUCAGAAGUACGGUAAGAUUUGGGGCGUGUACGAGGCGAGACAGCCGGCCCUCUGUGUCCUGGACUCAGACAUCAUUAAAACUGUCAUGGUUAAAGAGUGCUACUCUCACUUCACCAACCGCAGAAAUGUCCGUUUAAGCGGCCCCCUGUACGACGCACUACCCCACGCUGAGGACGAGGACUGGAAGAGGAUCAGGAGCGUUCUCUCUCCUUCAUUCACCAGCAGCAGACUGAACGAGAUGUUUGAGAUCAUGAAAUCUCAAUCUCGGUCACUGACUGAUAACCUGCAGAAGACAUCAGAGCGAGGAGAAGCAGCAGAUAUUAGAGAGUUUUUCGGGGCUUACAGUUUGGACGUGGUGACGAGCACAGCGUUUGGUAUUGAUAUCAAUUCCCUUAACAACCCCAACGACUCGUUUGUGUCCAACAUGAAGAAACUGCUACAGUUUGACUUCUUCAACCCUCUGUUCCUCACCAUUGCGCUGUUCCCCUGUGUCAUACCUCUGUUAGAGAAGAUGGGUCUCUCCAUUUUCUCUAACGAAGCGACUGGUUUCUUUUACUCCUCUUUUCAAAAGAUGAAGUCUGAGCGUUUGGACCAACAUCAUAAGAAGCGAGUGGACUUCAUGCAGUUAAUGAUUGAUUCUCAGAAAUCAGAAAAAGACGAUCUGAAUGGUGGAAACACAAGCAAAGAAGGUUUGAAUGAUCAUGAGAUCCUGUCCCAGUCCUUAAUCUUCGUCUUUGCUGGUUAUGAGACGAGCAGUAAGACAUUGUCGUUUCUCUUCCACAAUCUGGCCAGUAAUCCAGAGACCCUGAAGAAACUACAGGAAGAAAUCGAUGCAAAUUUCCCACAUAAGGCUGAAGUUGAUUAUGACACUAUGAUGAACAUGGAUUAUCUGGAUGCUGCUCUGAACGAAUCUCUGAGGUUGUAUCCUGUGAUUUUUCGUCUUCAAAGAGUCUGCAAGAAAACUUUUAAAAUAAAGGGCCUUACCAUCCCAAAGGAUACGGUCGUCAUGAUCCCAAUCUAUACCCUACAUAGGGACCCUAAAUACUGGCCUGACCCAGACACCUUCAAACCUGAGAGGUUCACUAAGAGGAAUAAGGAGAGCAUCGAGCCGUAUACGUACAUGCCGUUUGGGUUAGGACCCAGGAACUGCAUCGGGAUGAGGUUCGCCCACGUCAUCAUAAAGCUGGUUGUUGUUGAGAUACUGCAGAGAUUCGACGUCAGUCUUUCUGAGGAAACGAAGGUUCCUCUGGAGCUCAUCAACACUGGAAUUCUGGCUUCUAAACACCCCAUUAAACUCAAAUUCACAAUUCGGGAGAAAUGUUGACCUCUGACUGUGACGAUAGCUAUAGUAACUCAAGGAUUCAAAUAAGUUCUGCUUAAUAAUUUUACUAUAUUUCAGAUUUUUAUUAUUAUUUUUAUUAUUUCUGAACUUGACACUGGGAGUAGAUUUGUAAUGAUGCAGUUUAAUAAAAAAUUAAAGCCUGUUUAACCC